AUUCCCCUGUAUUCCCUCAUAUUCACUCCCUGUGCCCCCGAGCCCUUUACUGCUGGCAACUUGCAGCUCAAGGAGGAAGGGAAGCCCCAUUCAGAGCACCAGACACUUCCUCAGGGUCAGUUUUGGGUUCAAGGAGGCCCUCACCUCAUGCCGUCUUCCUGCCAAAUUCAACCAAAGGAGAUCCCUUCAAGUGUGAGUGCCCUGGGCCUUCCUGGUCAGUUUGCGGAGGGUUCUCAGUCCCUAACUCUCUUGCUCUCUUCCUCCAUCCAGGUGUUGACUUUAAGAUGAAGACCAUAGAGGUAGAUGGCAUCAAAGUGCGGAUACAGAUUUGGGACACAGCGGGGCAGGAGAGAUAUCAGACCAUCACAAAGCAGUACUACCGACGGGCCCAGGGAAUAUUUUUAGUCUACGACAUUAGCAGCGAGCGCUCUUACCAGCACAUCAUGAAGUGGGUCAGUGAUGUGGAUGAGUAUGCACCAGAAGGUGUCCAGAAGAUCCUUAUAGGAAAUAAAGCCGAUGAGGAGCAGAAACGGCAGGUGGGACGAGAGCAAGGGCAGCAGCUGGCUAAGGAGUACGGCAUGGACUUCUAUGAAACAAGUGCCUGCACCAACCUCAACAUCAAAGAGUCUUUCACGCGUCUGACGGAGCUGGUGCUGCAGGCCCACAGGAAGGAGCUGGAUGGUCUCCGGACACGUGCCAGCAGAGAGUUGGCAUUGGCAGAGCUCGAGGAAGAUGAGAGCAAACCUGAGGGCCCAGGGAACUCUUCAAAAACCUGCUGGUGCUGAGGGUCCCGUGUGGAGCACCCACAAAUCCCCUGCCCCUCAGGAGGCCUGUGGGCUGA